AUGCUGCGCAAGAUGAAGGCGCGGGAGUACGCGCUGCCAGAGAGCCUGGGCCUCAGCGCGCCCUGCGUCAGCCUGCUGCGGCGGCUGCUGGAGCCGGAUGAGAACGCGCGCAUUGUGAUGGAGGAGAUCAUGCAGGACCCCUGGUUUCUGACGGACCUCCCGCCAGAUGCCCUGCGAAUGAACGACCGCUACCUCGCCUCGUCGCGGCCCUGCACCCAGACAGAGGCGCAGAUCCGCGCGAUUGUGCAGGCCGCCACCGCAGACCACGAGCCGCGCUGGGGGGACCAGCUCAACCAGUGA